AUGUUGAGGGUGGCUAUUAUCGGGAUCCAUUUGUUGAGAAAGGAGAUGACUGGUGGUGAGACAGGCCUGCAUAAGUCGAGACUGAGACAAUGCUCCAAGGUCAUGCUCAGUCGCGAUGGAUCGUUGAGAUGUGCUGGAAGUAGAGCCGUGGAUGGUACAACCUCACACUUAGAGAAGAAAGAAGCUGUGAGAACUUUUCUACUCUCUAAAAAAUGGCACCACAUUGGAUUAAACCGCCCUAAUCUCGAAUUUUUCGAAGAAUGGUUCGACGACACAGAAGAAGAGUUAGUAUCCGUCAACUGCUGCAUAGGAUCAACGCUCCCCAACCUCAACUCUUCCGAAAAUUUGUUCAACAAUACACAAGAAACGUGA